GAUGUUCCAAUGAAGCACUCAGUAAAUCUUGAACACAACGGAGCCGGGGAAGGUCAUAACACGAACAAAAUGAUCCGCUCUGCAUGUAAAAGAAUAGGCAUUACUGCCGCCAACGCUGUUAAACAACAAGUCAAAUCAGGAUGUCCUAGUGCUGCCGUGGCAGGAUUGAGACCAUACUCUGAUGUCACUGGUCCCCAGCCCCACACAUCCCUGUACCCUGUGGUCAGUGAGGGAACUUGGCUGCAGAAGAACAAUUACUCCCAGUUUGAUGGAUGGGAGUUGAGGCAGCUGAUUAAUUACAUAGCUGCUGAUGAUGGCGUACCAGAGCCAGAAAUCAUUAUCGAGGUCCUUAAAGGCUGCAGGAACCAGAAUGACUACGCCCUGGCGAUCCGCUUCUUGGAAGUUGUAAGGUUGAAGGGAGGGAAAAAGAAGGGCGUAAUCUGGCCAUACAUCAUGCAGGAGAUCGGACCAACAAUGGAGGAACUGGGUAUUAGUACACUUAAAGAAAUGGGAUACGAAGAACCCGAGUUAUGGCUAGAAAAUGUAGACGAUAUGUAAAAUAUUUUGGAAAAUCUUCAGAAGAGUGAUAGACGCAGAGACAGAUGUGAAAAAGAGACAUUUUAUUUAACAUUUCAAGCGUCAUGAUGUGUUGUUACAAGUUCUUACCUAAAUAAAAAAAAAAUUAAACGAAUGUCAUGAGAAA